AUGACGAUGGCGGACCAUGAUCCCCUGUUGGAAGAGUCAAUGGCCCUGAGACGGAAAACGACUUCAACCUUGAUUCUCUGUCACCUGUCUCUUGCCGAGUCGUUCCAAGAGAAGCUCAGCCAAAGGCUAAGCCCAUCGAUGCAAACAUAUCAGAAGCUCCUUGAUCGUUUCUCUUCCUUCUGGGCCAUCGUUGAGGUCCUUCAGGGUCUCCUGUUAGAGCAGUCGACCCGUGUCAAUCUUUCCAUUGACUUGGGACCACAAUGCAACAAAAUUUACAACAAUCCAUUGCUGGAUAGAGACGGUCAUGUUGACAAGGCAGGAUCAGCAUUUCCUGGCCGCCGUGACCUCGAGACUUUCAUCAGGCUCAUGCGCAAUGGUUCGUUGUACAAAAUGCAACAACGGAAAGCAGAGAUGCCCAAAUACGGAGGCCUUGUGAUUCCAUUUCAGAUGGAAAAUUGGUUUGGCGCCUUCAGUACUAUUUGGUUCAUCCACCACCACCACUUGCAGGAACCAAACUGCUUUCCUGUACCCAGAAAAGAGCUGGAGGUUUUAAAGAAACAUCAAUCCACCAUUUGUGCUGUGGCUAGGAACAUGAAGGAUUUGCGGAAAAAAAUCGGAGCUCAACAUGAAAUCCAAGCAAUGAUUGCAGAUUUAGCAAAACUCCGUUUUGUGCCAAACAAUGCUCCAAACAACUCAAAUCCCUCAACUCAUGCAAAAAGAAAAGCAGUAGACGUUGUUGCUACAGCAAAUAAGUGUGGUCGAAAAGCUCAGUCUGUGAACACCCCCGAAAGUUUUGGGACCUGGGUGGUGGACUUCAACAUUUCACCCUCCAAAAGAUACCUCCAAUGCAAGGAAGACCCCACAAACCUUGUCCGAGUUUUCUCUUGUCCAGUCUGUAAGCAUGCAAAGAGAAUUCCAUCACUGGACAAAAUGUCAAACAAUCUGCAUGUUCAACUGGAAUUCACCCCUUCUCCAAGGUCUCCCUUUGUUGAUUGGGAGCAAUCAAAGCCAUCAGAUGCACUGAAGCGUCAUAAAAUCUAUGUAGCUGUGAGAGAUCAUCUCCGCGCCUGCAUGGGUUAUGACCGGUGUGUAACAGAUACAGGGUAUUGCAAUUUCUUUGGAAAGCCAAGAAAAGACAAGAAAAGUAGUAGUACUAGUAGUCGUAGUAGUAAGAGUAAGAGUAGUAGUUAA